AUGGCUGCGCUCUUUGGAGCGCGCAAGGUGGACACAGACGUCGAGUUUUGGCACAACCCAGACCGCUCCGGAUGGCUGAUGAAGCAGGGCGAGUACAUCAAGACCUGGAGAAGGAGGUGGUUUGUUCUCAAGCAGGGCAAAAUCUUCUGGUUCAAGUCCGAUGUGGUCACACCGGUCAAGAAGUGCCUGUCCAUCAAGGGCGCGGAGGACACCAUCAACAAGCCGCACGCGUUUGAGAUAUCAACCACCGACGACAACAUGUUCUUCAUCGCGGACUCUGACAAGGAGAAGGAGGACUGGAUCAAUGCCGUGGGCCGCGCCAUUGUGAAGCACUCUAGGAGCCUGCUGGACAACGACCAGGCGGACUACACCACGCAGUAA